AUGAGCUUAUCUACCGUAGAAGAUUUUCACCAUAGGGCUGCCGAGAUGCUGGAUGUAGAAUCUUUCGAGUACUUCAACGGGGCUGCAGGUCGACGCCAAACGCAUAUGCUCAAUGGGUCAAGCUUUGACCACAUCCGAAUAAAACCUCGGCAGCUGAUGAAUGUUGAACACCGCCGGAUGGAUCUGUCUCUUUUGGGAUUCAGCUUCUCGAUGCCGCUAGGAAUUUGUCCUACAGCAUUCCAUAAGUUGGCUCAUCAAGAUGGUGAACAGGCAACGGCUCGAGCAGCGGCCAAAAUGGGUAUCCCGAUGAUUAUGAGCUCGUUGGCCAAUAGCACUAUCCCUGAAGUGGCCCAAGCAGCUCCAACAGGAACUCGUUGGAUGCAAAUCUAUAUCCAUAGGAACCGAGACAUCACCAAAACCAUAGUGAAGCAGGCGGAAGAAAAUGGAUUUUCUGCAAUAGUUCUAACCAUCGAUAGUGCCGUCCAUGGCAUCAUACACGGGUCCAUUCGUGGAAGUGAUCAAACACCGGGAAGAGUCCGGUGUGCAGUUUUUUGGGACCUGCAACGGCAAGGUGUGAUUGCCAACAGCAAUGAGAAAAGUGUCGUUCUCGAUGUGGAUUCCUCACUGACGUGGAAGGACGUGGAAUGGCUGAUGAGUAUCACGAAGCUUCCGGUUAUUGUCAAAGGAGUUCUUACCAAAGAAGACGCCGGGUGCGCCCUGGAAAUUGGAGUGGCUGCCGUUUAUGUUUCCAAUCAUGGCGGCAGGCAGCUGGAUUCGAUUCCUGCUACGAUCGAAGCUCUACCGGAAAUAGUUUCUGCAGUCGGUGGUAAAAUCCCAAUCCUGUUCGAUGGAGGAGUGGCAAAAGGGACCGACAUCUUCAAAGCGCUGGCAUAUGGAGCCGAUAUAGUGCUGGUGGGUCGUUCGAUUCUGUGGGGUUUGGCCGUUGAUGGACAGCGAGGCGUCGAAAGUGUUUUGGAGAUCCUGAGGAAUGAGCUGGAUAAUACCAUGGCACUAGCUGGUUGCAGCUCAUUGGAAGAAAUCUGUAGGGAUCGAGUGCAACACGAGAUGCAUUAUUGA